AUGUCAGAUUACAAGGCUGCUAUUCAAGAAGAGUACGAAGUGCUUGAAAGUAUCUUCCCGGACGAGCUCAAGAAAAUAUCCGAAGACAAACUCCAAAUUGAUGUCAUACCAGAGGAAGGACAAAUUGAUUCUGACCUAAAGGUUAUCCUGGGUAUUGACUACACCACCAAUUAUCCAGAUGAAGUACCUAAUCUCUCUUUGGAGCCCGAGGAAGGGGAACUUGACGAAGAGGAGCUAGAAAGUUUGAUCAAUGGGAUGAAGGCAGUUGGCGAAGAAAAUCUGGGGAUGGCUAUGGUAUUCACUUUAGUCACGCAUUUACGCGAAGCGCUUGUAGAAGUUAUCCAAAAGCGAACCGAGAAAGAAAAGCAGCUAGAGUCGGAGAAGGAGCGGCAAUUGAUGGAGGCAGAGGCCGCUCGGACAAGAGGGACAGCAGUCACCGUGGUGUCAUUUAGCGAAUGGAGAACUAAAUUCAUGGCCGAGAUGAAAGAAAAGCAAGAUCGUGAGGAUGACGAGAAAUUAAAAGGGCUGACUCCAAAAGAGCGCGAUGAAUGGAAGAAAUCCAAGUCCAAACCAACCGGCCGCCAGCUCUUCGAGAAAAACAGAGAUCUUGCUACUUCGGAUGCAAAUUACAUCGAGGAAGGAGUCACGUCAGUUGAUAUCACACAAUACGAUCGGACGGCCGCCCGAGAUGAGGAAGAGGAUGACACUGGUCUGCACUUUAGUGAUAGUGACUAG